UGUGAAAGCUGUAAUCCGAAAUUAGGGGAAAAAUAUGCGGGCGAGCUUGAGGGAGGUGCGAAAAGAGGAGGUGGUUAUGGGAAAUUAAACCUCAAAAUUUCUAAAAAUUCUGCUACCUAUUGUUCUUUGCUUACAUAAUAUAACUCCAAAGUAUGUGAUUUAACCCAUAGUCCUUUCCUCAAUUGCUAUCACUAGGAUUUGUGUGAAAAAAUAAGCAGUUUUUUACUGCAUUGUCAAAUUGCCUUGGUUUGUAUCUCAUCUCUUGGAAACUCACCAGUAACCAUCCUCCAAAAAUACCAACAAAGACUUUUAAUCUGGGGGUAAACUCUAUAAAGCACACUGGCUGAGCCACUUCCUCUGAUUGGUUAAAAUAAUGUCAAUAAUAGACAAUACACUUGACAUAACUAACAUGGUAGCUUCGGACUACUCGAAAUUGUGGCAAAGAUUUUCAAACUGAUUGUAGCAUUAUUUCGAAUACUGUGACGCAUUACGUACCAACUACGUUUCAGGAUCCCGAAAAGAGCUGCAGACAGUUUGUGGGAAAACUUUCUUCGCCACAUAAUCAGAGGGCAGUCCGUGGGACACUGCAAAGAGAGCCAGAGCGACCAAGACCUUGCUGCGGUUUUGAAGAGAGUGAAAGCUUGCUGGCAUCGACGAAAUCGGAGUCCGUUCGGUGUGCGCCGUUAGAUGAAAUUCAAGCGAACAGCAGUCUGUGAAUUGCAUUUCCUGUCGAGUGUCUGCCGUUGCAAUCACUGUAAGGCGAGCAUACUUUGUUUGUGCUUUCUUGAAGCUUUGUAAUGACGUUAAAGGAGAUCUAAACAUUGGUUAAUCCGCCAUUUCUAAUGAAAGUUCAUGGUUGCUAUGGCAAUGACUGGUCUUCAGGCUGAGCAAGAAUCACUAGCUUCGCCACCCCCGUCCAAGCGAUUGCGCUCCGUUGGAAGUACAGAUGAAAAUGGCAAUGUUUUUGAAGAUGACUGUAAUAUCAAAUCAGAUCCGAUCGAGCUGACAAGAUCCUUGGCGAAUCCACAAACGUCCUUGUCUGAAUUCUUAAGAAGAAGCCCAGGCCCUGAUACAAAACCGCUGCUAACUGGCCUAGGUGGGCCAAACACUGUUAUUGCAUGCUCGCCACCACUAAUGUUACCAUUGACAACGCCAUUUUGCAGUUCUCAGGCCUCAAAUAGUAUUGUCGGUAGUCCGUUUACGCAAAGCAACUCAUUAUUCUCCCAGUAUCCAAGCCUACUUCAGUAUACAUUUAGUCAGUCCACGUCUGGUUUAAUUGCAACUACGUCAGCAAACGAAGACUCCACUGGCUCAAGUUCUCAGAGAUCUUUAUCUUCUGGGGCCUCUAACCCAUAUAUGUACCAACCACCUGGUAUAGGACUUCCGCCAUACUACUCAUCAACGAGUGAGUCAACGAAUGGGAUGCUAGGAAACAGUGGAAAGCCAUUGGGCAUCCUGCCAUUCCCCCCUCUUCAUCCCCCAAGCUUAAGCUUCCCCCCACAUCCGACUGCUGGCUACGGUAAUCAGACUCUGUUCUCGCAGUUUCGAGAUAGCACCCCAACAACAAUGAAUAACUACUGGUAUGGGAAUUUUCCUCUGACAAAACAGCCAUCCUUUUUAACAUCAUGUGGUACAACACAAAUAUACCCCCCAACGCCACAGACAAACCUGAUGAUGCAGCAGCUGGGUCAAGGGGAUCAGCUAGGGGGUCAAUCUUGCACACCAAUGAAUAUGCCGAACUCUGGAAGACGGGAAAGUGCUUCAUCUCCUGUUUCACAACAUGAUGACUCAAUACCGACGACCCCUGUCUCAGCCAUGGAAGGAAUCACAGGUGACAAUCGCGGAUCACCGUUGAACGAUCAAUACGGACUACAACCAAGUCAUCUUUCCCAGCCUUUGGAUACGAGGCUAAUAUCCUCGAUUCAGGACAGCAGUCGUGUCCUAGCAGAUAUGCACGAUGUGAGAUCUGUGUUCUCAGACGCGCAGGUCAGCCAUAUGCGUGGCCGGCGAACAAGUCGUUCGUCUGGGCCAAAACGUCAAUCACGGAGUCGGAGGUCAAGUUCGGCAAUGUCGGAUCAAGAACAGAACCUUGAGAGAGUGUUUAUUUGGGACCUCGACGAGACAAUCAUUAUCUUUCAUUCACUGCUGACAGGAGCUUAUGAUUCGAAAUUCGGAAAGGAUAACACUGCCACAGUGUCCCUCGGUCUGCGAAUGGAGGAAAUGAUUUUCAAUCUUGCGGAGGAGCAUUUGUUUUUCAGCGAUCUCUCAGAGUGUGACCAGGUUCACAUUGAUGACGUCAUGGCAGAUGAUAAUAAUCAGGACCUAUCGGAUUACAACUUUGAAACGGAUGGUUUUCACGGAAGUAUGGCAGCAGGAGGUAUGGGUAUACCUGGUGCAUCGACAACAAGACGAAGUGGCAUCGACUGGAUGCGAAAGUUGGCGUUCAGAUACCGACGCAUCAGAGAGGCAUACACGAUGUAUAACAACAAUGUAGAAGAUCUUUUAGGCCCUCCAAAAAGCGAUGCGUGGCUAACGCUAAGAAUGGAGCUAGAAGCCCUUACAGACAAUUGGCUGACGUUAGCCAUGAAAAGCCUUACAGAAAUACAUCGAAGGAAAAACUGCAUCAAUGUACUAGUGACAACAACACAGCUGGUACCUGCCCUAGCCAAGUGUCUGCUCUAUGGUCUUGGGAACAUAUUUCCAAUUGAAAACAUCUACAGUGCCACAAAAAUUGGUAAAGAUGCCUGUUUUGAAAGAAUUCAGAAUAGAUUUGGUCGCAAAUCCACGUAUGUUGUCAUUGGCGAUGGUAAAGACGAGGAAAUUGCAAGCAAACAGCUUGGAUUCCCAUUUUGGAGGAUCUCCUGUCAUAGUGACCUUGUCAACUUGAACCAUGCAUUGAAGCUUGGACACCUUUGACCUGUGCCCUUUCGCUUUUCAAAGGUAGGUCAAAAGCCAUGUUUAGGGCUUGUUUGCAAACAUAGGCCUUUAAUGGAGAUUUUUCUCUACAUUGUGAUGUAACAUUUUCUAGUAGCUCUAGCCAAAGGCAUGCAAUCCUCACAAAAAACAAGAGGAAACCUCUCUCUACUGCCCAUCACCUUAUAUCAGUCCUGAACAAAUUUUCAUGUCCAUAAGGUGAUACCCUGGAUAAAACACAAUUAAAGUUUGAAAACAUCAAGGCUUAUUUCUUACCAUGAAGCAAUGGAAUACAAGAACAACUAUGGAAAAAUUUAGAAGCCAUUCUUGCUUGCUACAGAAAACUUGCAAUCCUUUUUGGGUUUUAACUAUAACCAGAGGGUCCUAUAUAAAAGACAAACUCAAUUUUGUAUUUGAGUCAAAAUAGAUGGCCAGACAAAAUGCUUUUGAUAAAUAACAGUCCGGAUCCAUUUAACUUUGUAUUUCUUAAUUUGUUGAAAAAUUACUCCCCUCAGGAUUUCAAUCUUGAAAAAAACUGCCAACCUCCUGAUAAUUUGAACAUCCAAACAUGCUUCUCUUGCCUUUGAGAGCUAAAUUAGCACCAUUGACUUUACAAGCAUCAACCACAAUGGUGCAAGAGAUUUUCCAGGUAUCAUUUUAAACAGAACAGAACGGCCUACUUAUAACUGUUGUAAAAACAAAAAGGUUUUAGUUUAUCAGAAACUAUCAAUAAACACUUCAAAUGGCCACCAAAAGGAAGCUUUAUUCAAUUGCUGGUCAUUUUAUUUUGGAAAUAUUAAAGGUUGUUUCAUAUCAUGUAGGUUUUAUAUCUGGUAGCAAUGUUUAUUUUACUGUUUAACAUAAAAAAUGACUUCUAAAGUGCCUCUUGUGUUGUAAAACUAAAAUAUUUGGCUUAUAGAGGCUCGUGCUUUUCUCGAGGAAUGAAUUAUUUGAUAUCAUAAGGGUAAAUUUUGCUAAAAAGAUGCUUUACAGAUGAAUAUGAGAUAUUGUGAGUAUUUUUUAAUAAACUGAAGGUUUUUCAAUCAGUUUCUGGCUCCGUUUUAGCUACUGUUGUUUAUUCCAUAUAUCUUUGGUUUUCAAUUUAUACAAAGAUUUUAAAUAUUUUAGUAAGGUUUUUAUCUGGAAAGAAAUAGAAGUAUAUUCAUAUUAUUGUGUAUCAUAAAUCUUCAGAAGGUUAAGAUAGUCAAAUAAACUAUAUUUUAAAUCUUUAUAGGAUCGUUUAGUAUUUGGUAAUAUUGGAAACAAAGUUGUUUAGACAUAUUUUUAGAAAAAAUUUAGCCUUCUUCAACCAUAGUAUUAUGUAUUAGUGGAUGUAUAAUUGUUUGUUUCAAAAUGUUCCCUGAGCGUUUUUAGUGGAAAUGUGUUCAAACGCUACGUGUUGUUAACAUCUAGAACAAUCCACAAAAGUAUAAUUUCUUGCUACGAAAAUCGAAUUGAGUGAUUUAAAGUUUUAUAAAUCGUGUGAUUCUUCAGUCUAGAAAUGAAUUAUUAUUUUGAAAUGGUAACCUACUCGUCACUGCUACCAAAUGAGGUUUUGUUGCCGAUUACUGUUAAAAGAUGUUACUAGUGAAAUAGUUCUUCCCUUGAAACACAAUUUAAAAUUGGCCAUGCACUAUCUAAAACGAAUUUUUCAUUAGUAAGUAGUAGCCAAUUGUAUCUAAAAAAUUCAGUUUUUCUCUCUACUCUCAAGUUCCUAAUUGUAGGGGGGGGGGGGGGUAAACUCCAAUUUUCAGAAAUUUUGCAUACCUACCUCCAUUUAUUAACACUCCUCCCCUAAUUAUAUAUUUCAUGUAUAAUAAACAUAAUUUCGUCCCAAUUUAAACAUAAAUUCGGAAAAUAUAAGCAUUUUAACCUAUUAUGACCCCCCAUUUUAGGGUUUUUAAAAAAUACCAACCCCCUCCUUAUUAGACCCCCCUACAAUUAGGAAAUUUAAAAUGACCUGAAAUUGAACAUAAGGACCACAACUUCUUUCUCCUGGGGUCCUUUUCGGGAAUUUUUCUCCUAUCAGCGAGCACCGAAGGUAUUCAAGAGUUUGGUUGUCUGUAACUAUUUUUAGUAGUAUU